GAACUAUGAGAUUUGCUGCGAUAUGUCGCUAUUUUAUUUGAUUUUGACCAUUCUGCUCCACCGUUUACUGUGAAACUCUACCUUGACCUUCAGACACGCGGUAUUUAAAUUCGACUGAAUGAAAUUCGUUCUCUAUUCCAAUUACUGCAGCUAAAGAUUCUGUAAACCAUGAGUGGGAAGAAAAUUUCUGUAAAGUCUGAAAAUAAAGCGGGUGAUUUGCCAUGCGUUGUCUUUGAUGAACUUUUGGGUAAAUCUACAAAAGGACUUGUGGUGAUCCAAGAAUGGUGGGGAUUGAAUAACCAAAUCCAAGAGGAGGCUAAUGAUAUUGGCAAAAUGGGUCAAUUUGUUACAAUUGUUCCUGAUCUCUAUCGAGGGAAAGUGGCCACAGAUAACGAGGAAGCCGGGCAUCUAAUGAACAAUCUGGACUGGCCGGGAGCUGUGGAAGACAUCAAAGCUGCUGCCCUGCACCUGAAAUCCCAGGGAUGUACAAUGGUGGGCGUGACAGGAUUCUGUAUGGGCGGUGCCCUCUGUCUGGCUACGGCAGCAUUAAAACCGGAAGCCAUCGAUGCUACAGCGCCAUUUUACGGAAUUCCGGGGGAGAGCCUGUGUGACGUCUCUACGAUUAAAUGUCCCGUGCAGUGUCAUUUCGGUGCCCUUGAUCAGUUAGAGGGAUUCUCAUCACCGAAAGACGCAGCGAAGCUGGAAGAAAAACUGAAAGCGGGCGGGGUCAAAUACGAAAUGUACAUCUACGAAGGAGCCAAUCAUGCAUUCACCAAUCACAGCGGCCAAAAUUACCACAAGGAAUCCCGUGAUUUAGCCCUGCAACGCCUGUGUCAAUUUAUGAAUAAGAACCUGCUGAGAAUCGAGGAGCGCCCACAUUUCCAUAAUCGCUUGGGGCUCAUUUGUUCCUGCCUCGGUUCCGUGGUCGGCACAGGGAACAUAUGGAGGUUUCCAAGGAUACUAGCGUCCAACAGCGAGGAAAAAGGAGGUCUGGUUUUUCUGCUGGUAUGGGCCAUAUUUCUAGUCCUUUGGUCCAGUCCUAUGUUGCUGAUUGAGUAUGGAACAGGACGAUAUACACGAAAAGCUGUGAUUGGCUCAUUUCGAGAAAUCCUAGGAGAAGGCGCCGCCUGGUGUGGAGCAUGGAUCUCCAUGGUUACUUUUCUAAUAUCAUGUUACUACUCGGUGGUGUUAGGAUGGUGUUUUUACUACUUCGUUUACAUGAUUGGACAUGAUCUCCCAGAAACAGCAGAAGAGGGGGAGCAAAUAUUCAACGAUUUUGCGAAGGACAGCUAUUGGCCAGUUCUCACGCAUGGACUUGCUUCGAUCUUGGCUGGAUUGGCAGUAACGAGAGGAGUGAAUACAAUAGAGAAAACCAACAUGUUCUUGGUUCCGAUAUUGCUGCUGAUCAUUCUCUUCACCUUUAUCUGGUCCUUAACCAGAGAGUACGCUGACGUAGGCAUCAGAUUUCUCUUCACACCAAAUUGGGACUCCUUCGGAGAGCCGAGACUUUGGGUAGAUGCUCUGAGUCAGAACGCCUUUGACACAGGGGCUGGGAUGGGACUCAUGAUACCAUACGCCUCUUUCAUGACAGUUGACAACAACAUUGUCAAAUAUGGCAUGUUUAUUCCAUGUAUCAACAAUUUUAUAAGCUUAAUCUGUGGGAUCAUGCUUUUCGGAACGGUAUUCUCAACCAUGAUUGCUUUGGACCCAAACAUAUCCAAACCUGGAAUCCUGGAAAUAAUGAAGCGAGCGGGGCCAGGAAGCACUGGUCUAACUUUCAUCUGGAUUCCAGUGUUGUUUUCUACGAUCGGUGUAUUCGGUCGUGUUCUGUGCGUGUUGUUCUUUGCUUGUCUGUCCCUCGCCGGUGUCACAUCUCUACUGGCCAACAUGGAGAUGGUCACGCAUACUCUAUACGACUUUGGUGUUCCCCGGAAAUUCGGUAUGCCGUGCACUGUGAUGUUAACAUUUCUCGGAGGUCUUGCCUCAGCCCUCGACUUAGAUAUUUUGACCAAUCAGGACUUUGUGUGGGGUUUCGCUCUGGUUAUCAACGGUUUUAUGCUACAAGUCAUGGUGGUUAAGUACGGGACAAAGAAGUUCCGAGAAGACAUGUACAACAAUUAUAGUAUUGGGGACUGGAAACUGCCGCGUGUCUGGGAAUGGCUGGUUAAAUUCCUUGCCCCUGUAGAAGCCCUAUUUAUUAUCGGGUGGUGGGCGUAUGACCUAAUAGACAGCGACUCUGGCGAUGGAGAGGAGUGGUAUGAAUUCGGGAGGGAGACCCUCGUCAUUACCGUAGUACAGUGGGGUGCACUAGUGACUCUCUUGAUCUCCAUCAAUAUGAUCUACCUGUGCUGUCGCAACCGAGACGACGAAGAAAACGUCCAUCUACUAGGACAUCAGAGCCUCGAAAAAUCAGCUCAAGAAAAAGAUGUAUCGUACAAGGAAGUUAAUUUAUAACCUCUUCCAUCGCUCCGUUCAGUGUUCCAUUCUAUUUAUACGUUUUUAUAUUUCACACAUGUUUUGAUGCUCUGGUGUACUGAAACGUUUUAAUUCAGCGGCUUCUUAAUCAAGAAAGAUAACUCAUACUACAAUAUUAUUUUAUUGAAAUAACGAAUGAGUUUGUGAAUUUUUUUAAAAUAAAUAUCGCUUCUUGUU